AUGGAGAACCUAAAGGACUCGCUACCUCCAGGCAUGGCAGAUGCGGCUAUCAACAUUCCAGGCGUUGGCGCUAUACUGCAGCUUCUCCUUAACAAACUCGGUUUCGAUGUCGGAAGCACAAUGUCUUUAUACCUUUUACUUUUCGGUCUAUUCCAAGGUGCGCUGUUCAUGUACACUCAGGGACGUGGACUUAUAUUAGGGCACGGUACUUCGGCAAUAAGGAUAGACGAUGAUGAUGACUUAUACCCCCAAUUUAUAUCCUGGAUAUCAGAACACCGCAUGACAGAGGUCAGCCGAGAUCUAAAAGCUACAUCCAAAAAGCCCAGAGCACGAGGCGACGAAAUAGACAACGACGAUGCCUCAGAGGCAGAUUUUGAGGACGUCUUGGACGACUCUGGCAUUUUCAACUACGAAAAGUACAAGGGUACUAGUCCGACGUACUACGAACCCAACAUGGGUGACGACAGCUUCACCCACAACGGUCAUUACUUCCAGUUCAGCAAGGACUGUCAGGAGAAUAAGUACCAAGAGCGCAUUGAGUACUUCCUCAUCAUUCGUUGUAUGGGCCGUAGCACGAAGCCGGUCAAGGAUCUGAUAGACCAUGUUAAGGAGUGGUCGGCGCACAAGCCUAACAAGACGACUGAGAUCAUGCGCGCUGAGAUAAAACAUGGUGGGUAUUGGCACGUUCAGUCGAAUCGCCCUUCACGACCGAUUAGCACAGUGACGCUGGACGAAGCGCAGAAGAACAAGGUCGUUGCGGAUAUCAAUGAGUACCUUCACCCAGCUACUGCUCGGUGGUAUGCUGCACGCGGUAUUCCGCACCGGAGAGGAUACCUUUUUCAUGGUCCUCCUGGUACCGGCAAGACGUCGUUGAGCUUUGCCGUGGCUGGCAUCUUUGGACUGAGCGUAUAUUGCGCUUCGCUAAGUGAGCGAGAUAUGAGCGAGUCGGAUCUUGCGUCGCUAUUUGGGCAGCUACCAAAUCGUUGCAUCGUCUUGUUGGAGGAUAUUGACAGCGCGGGUAUUCGGCGAGAUAAAUCCUCUGUGAUUCCAGAACAAGAGCAUGACUCUGCCGUCAACGAGGCCGACAAGUCGUCUGCUCCAGCACCAGCCGAGAAGGUGACAGAAGAGAAGGAAGACAACAACGACAACAAAGACGAAAGCAAAUCCGAAGAGAAGCAACAUGAUGGCGUUGACAUUGAGAAGAAAAAGUCCAUCCGCAGACGCAUAACGCACUCGCUCCGUCCCCGCAAAUCUUCCAGCAAACCCAACAGCGAAACCACUACCCUUGCCACCACACCCUCGUCACCAACCUCCGCACCCCCAUCCGUACUCACACCCGCACCCAGCAUAAAAGAAGUCGCCACCAGCACCAAACCAACUCGUACAUCAACCCCUCCUCCUCUUCCGCCACCCAUCGAUGAAGAAGGCAGCAAGAGCAAAAUCUCACUAGCAGGCCUCCUCAACAUCAUUGACGGCGCCGCAUCGAGCGAAGGCCGCGUCCUCAUCAUGACGACAAAUUACCCCGAGAAACUCGAUUCAGCACUCAUACGCCCUGGGCGCGUAGAUCUGCAAAUCAAAUUCACACUAGCGACGAGGACGCAAGUCGAGGAAAUCUUCAGACGCAUGUAUAGUGAUGAGGCGGAUGGUAAGAAGUGUGAUGGUAGUAGUGACGGAGGAGAAAAGAAUUAUGCACCAGAAAAGAAGGGUAGUAGUAGUAAUGAUAAGAGGAAGAAGGAGGCUAGGUGGGGGGCAGCCACGGGUAACAAGUCGCCAAACUUUGCGACGUUGCCGCCAGAUCAACUUACGGACAUGGCGAGGCAGUUUGCUGAUGCGCUGCCUGAGGCUAUCUUUUCGCCGGCUGAGAUUCAGGGGUAUUUGUUGCAGAAGAAGAGUGAUCCGCAGGGUGCGUUGGAUGGGGUGGGGGAGUGGAGGGAUGCGGUGCUGGAGGCGAAGAAGAAGGGAAAGAAGGUUAUUGAGUUGAAUUGA